UAAUUAUUAACCUACAACAGUAAAGGGGAAACCCUUCUGCUCUUUCCCUUCCUCCACUGCCAAGUUCUGCUCUUCGGUCUCACACUGACACACAGAGAAAAGAGUAAGUAGUAGGUCUCUGUACAGUACCAGAGGUGUUCUGGGGAAAGAAAAAUAAUAAUUUGUUAUUGUAUUUCUUUUCCUUUAUAAAAACAACAACCAACCCUCUGUACUUUGAGGAAGAAAAGAGGGGAGUAUUGAUUGAUGAUCUCCUUCUCCCCCCUCUCCAUUUCCAUCUCUUCAAUACAUGAAGACUCGCCCAUCAAACUCUUCUCCCAAUGGAUGCUGCUACCCACAAACCCCGCUUAGCUUCCCUGAUUGCAUCCACCGACGAUGAACCACCACCACUACAAGACACGGGAGAUAGUAGCCGUCGCGGCGGCGGCGACCCUUCUUCCGGCGAGGAGGAAGAGGAAGAAGAAACAGAGCAGGAGAAAAGUUGCAGCAGUGACUCUGGCGACGAGAUAGUGAAGGCUAGUAGGAGGAGAGGAGAUUCGUCGUCGUGCUCGGAGGAUGUGGAUCUGGAGCUUGGACUGGGCCAGAAUGCGGAGAUUGAUGAUGAUGAGGAAGAAGAAGGGAAGCAGCUGCAUUUGGGUAAUAAUGUGGAGGAGAGGGAUUGCAGGAUUUGUCAUCUGAGCUUGGAUACAGGGAAUGAGGACUCUGGCUUCCCCAUUGAUCUGGGUUGCUCUUGUAAAGACGAUUUGGCUGCUGCCCACAAGCAUUGCGCUGAGGCUUGGUUCAAGAUCAAGGGUAACAAAACCUGCGAGAUAUGUGGAUCGGUGGCGCGGAACGUGGCCGGAGCGACGGAGGCGGAGACGGUGGUGGAGCAGUGGAAUGAGGGCAGCGAUGAGGUGGCGGUGGCAUCGUCAGUAGCAGCAGCAGGGCAGCCGGCGGCGGAGGGCAGCAACGCAGGUCGACAUUUCUGGCAGGGGCAUCGGUUCCUCAACUUCCUGCUGGCUUGUAUGGUAUUUGCAUUUGUGAUUUCUUGGCUCUUCCACUUCAAUGUCCCUUCGUAAUUUGGGAAAUGUAACAAAAUGUAAACCUAUAAAAUCAUCCCCACCUCAAGAAAAGGAAAAGGGUUGACCUGACCUUAAUGGUUCAAGGCUAUGAUAAGUUGUGUAAGGAUUUCUGUAUUGAUCCACAGUUCUAUGGGUUUCAUUAAUCUUGGUGUGCUUGGGAAGUGCCUAAGUGGGUAAUGUUUAUAAGACAUCUGAUAGUAUC